UAUUUCUCACGGCCCCCUUCUCCUCUCUCUCUUCCUUCCCCGUCUCGUUUUCUCCGAUCCCACUGCUGUGCUUGGCGUGCCUUCCCCUCGGGGCCGCUCACUCUUUCCCACCCCUGAAUUCGUCCCCUAAUUCUAUCGAUUUCGGCCAAAUUCCAUCCGAUCGCGCCGUCUCUCUUCGAUUCUCCGUCGAGCGCCGCAUGGCAGACGAUGAGGAUUAUCCUUCGUCGAGCGAUGUGGAGGAUUGCUACCUCACUGACCAGGAAGAUGCCAUCGAGGAGGACGUCCUCCAGGGCCUUGAAGACGGGCACGAGGAGGACUGCCACUGGUCGCUGUCGUCGGUCAUCACAAAAGAGUCCCUCCUGGCAGCUCAGAAAGAGGAUUUGCGGAAGGUGAUGGAGCUGUUAGUGCUUAAAGAACAGCAUGCAAGGACCCUUCUUAUUCAUUACCGUUGGGAUGUUGAGAGGAUCUUUGAACUGCUCGAUCAAAAGGGGAAGGACCGAUUGUUUUCAGAAGCGGGAGUCACUGUUGUGGAGAACAAUGGUUUUUCUACUUCAGCAAAUCCAGUCACCUGUAAUGUCUGUUUUGAGACCAUUCCUACAGCUGCAAUCACUGAGAUGGACUGUGGGCAUAGUUUCUGCAAUGAUUGUUGGACUGAGCAUUUUAUAGUGAAGAUAAAUGAUGGUCAAAGCCGGCGCAUUAGAUGCAUGGCCCCCAAAUGCAGUGCUGUAUGUGAUGAGGCGGUCAUAAGGAAUUUAGUCAGUGCAAGGUGUCCAGAUAUUGCUGAUCGUUUUGAGAGGUUUCUACUUGAAUCAUAUAUUGAAGACAAUAAUAAGGUUAAAUGGUGCCCUAGUGCUCCACAUUGUGGAAAUGCUAUUCGCGUUGAAGGUGAUAUUUAUUGUGAGGUUGAAUGUACAUGUGGUAUACAGUUCUGUUUCAGUUGUUUGUCAGAAGCGCAUUCACCUUGUUCAUGCAUGAUGUGGGAGCUGUGGAUAAAGAAAUGCCAGGAUGAGUCAGAAACCGUUAAUUGGAUAACAAUAAACACAAAGCCUUGUCCAAAGUGUCACAAGCCUGUUGAAAAGAAUGGUGGUUGCAAUCUUGUUGCCUGUAUCUGUGGGCAAGCAUUUUGUUGGUUAUGUGGUGGUGCUACUGGGAGAGAUCAUACAUGGUCUAAUAUAACUGGCCACAGUUGUGGUCGCUUCAAAGAAGACCAAACAAAGAAGACCGAGCGUGCAAGGCGUGACUUAUACCGCUAUACACAUUAUCACAAUAGAUACAAGGCUCAUACAGAUUCUCUCAAGCAGGAAAGCAAUCUUAAGGAAACCAUCCAGAAGAAAAUUUCCAUUUCAGAGAACAAGCAAUCCAAAAUCAAAGACUACAGUUGGGUGAUGAAUGGACUGAAUAGGCUUUUCAGAUCAAGACGAGUUCUUUCGUAUUCGUAUCCAUUUGCCUUCUACAUGUUUGGGGAUGAGCUCUUUAAGGAUGAAAUGACGGCAGAGGAGCGAGAGCUGAAGCAGAAUUUGUUUGAGGAUCAGCAACAACAGCUGGAGUCCAACGUUGAGAAGUUAUCUAUGUUCUUGGAGAAGGAUUUUCCAAGCUCUUCUGAUGAUGAGGUCAUGGACAUAAUGCGACACGUCAUAAAUCUUUCUAGUGUCGUCGACAAUCUUUGCAAACAGAUGUAUCAAUGCAUUGAGAAUGACUUGUUGUAUCCUCUUCAACGAGCAACUCACAACAUAGCUCCAUAUAAAUCAAAAGGCCUUGAGAGGGCGUCAGAACUAUGUGUCCCUUGGGAUUCAGAUCAAAGUUCUAGUAUGAAAACUAGUCAUGAAGCACAGACAGAUUCAACUCCCAUUGGAACUGCUGCUGUAUGCAAAUUCCGCGGUUCCACAAGUUCGGAUGAAAGCAGGUGGGCUUCUCAUAAACGACCCAGAAAAGAUGCUCACGGUGGAGCGCCUCUUUUUGAUCUAAAUAUGCCUCCUGAGGUGAUUGACAAAAUCUGACACCAACACACAAGUUAGCAUCAUUUCUCAGCUGUACAGCUUUAGCUUGAGAUCAGACAACAGAACAUAAGCUUCCUACUAUUUCAACACCUCACGGCUUGUUUAGCAUGUUUAUGGAAGCUAAGACUCGUGGGGGCAAACGCGACAAAGGAGCCUUCUUUCUGAUGCCUUUCUUGGAUGGACCCCAUAGUUCCCUGUGCAUAUGCUCGUGAAAUCUGAACAUGCCAUGUAAACCAGUGGAGGCAUGUCUGAGCUCAGCUUUUGCUUAAUCUUUUUCUAGUGUUUUUACCCAUCACAUUGUAAAGAUACCCAAGAUGCCCAGCAAUUUUGAACUCUCAUGCAAAGGUUUUUAAGAAUAUUCAGAGGUGGGAUUGUUGCUAGUGAAAACUGAAUUUAUGACAGUAAAUCGCUGACCGGUAAUUAUUGUGAGGCUUUCAUCCCUUUCCAUGAUCUAUUUGUUUGUAUUUGUUCGGACAUAAAUGUUGUGAUAUUGGUUA